AUGGUAUCAACUCGCCGCGAUCGCUAUGAGGAUAAAACGUAUCCCCAACAGCAUAAUAGAACCCCUGUUAAAGCUAAAACCCAGGCUAUGCUUGAUGGAAUAGCUGAUGGAAUUGUCACUACUUUCAAAGCUCGAGUAUUCAGGGCCUACAAUGUCGCACCUCGCACCGGAUAUCGACAUUGGCAUGAUCGCGAUCCAAGGCGUCUACAUGAUUCUACAGUACGUAAAGAGACUAGAGGAGCAAAAAAAACCCUUACUCCUCGCGAUAUACGUGCUAUGGAGAUCAUGAUCCAAACGGAGGGUUUUGAGGCUAGAUCCCUCAAUUGGAAGCAAUUGGGAGAGGCAUGUGGAUUAGACCAAUCCGGAAGGACUAUUGCACGAGCUAUGGGAUCUAUGGGAUAUCGAAAAUGUAUAGCUUGUUGCAAGGGAUGGGUUACACAGAGAACAGCUGCCGCUAGACUCCAAUUUGCCCGCGAUAUGCUAGCUAAAUACCCUAAUCCGGAGGAUUGGAGAAGAGUUAGGUUCUCUGAUGAGUGUCAUUGGGGUUUCGGGCCUGAGGGAAAGUAUAGGAUCAUUAGAAAGCUAGGCCAGAGGCUCUGUCCUGAGUGUAUUCAGCUCAGAGGGGUAGAAAAGGAGGAACACCGCAAUAAGCAACACUGCUGGGCGGCAGUGGGCUACAACUUUAAGAGCAAUCUUAUAUAUUACGAUGUUCCUGGGAACCGGAAUGGCAAGUUGUCCCAUAAGGUUUAUGUCGAUACUAUAUUGGAUGGGGAGGUAAAGCGAUGGUUAGCUGUAUCGAAGGAUUUCGUACUCGAGGAAGAUGGUGAUUCAGGACACGGCUAUGGGGGCAAGAAGGACAAUAUAGUGAAGAAAUGGAAGAGAGAUCAUAGUUUAGAAACCUAUCAAAACUGUCAUGAUAGUCCUGAUCUCUCAAUCAUCGAAAAUAUCUGGCAAAUCCCAAAACAAGUCGUUCGGAGGCAUGCCCAUUGGGACGAUACAACCAUGCGGGAGCUUAUAAAUGAGGGUUGGGAGCAAGUUACUAUUGAACAUAUCAAUAAACUAGUAGAUACUAUGCCUCAGAGGCUUAGGGAUGUUAUUAAAAUGAAAGGACAGCUCACUGGGUGGUGA